UUCUGUCAAAGUCAAAACAUUUUGUUUGGUUAAAUCUGUUGGGAUCACAAUUUGAUUUUUUCUUUAUUUUAAAAAUAAUUAAAAUCCAGAGCAAUUAUGAGUUCAGAUUUUGGAGAUUCCGCUUUUUCAGACCUCACAUCUAAGGCGGGAGAUAAAGAGCUACAAGAAUUCUUAAUGGUAGAAAAGCAAAAGGCACAAUUCAAUGCACAGAUCCACGAGUUUAACGACUUCUGUUGGGAAAAAUGUGUGGACAAACCAUCGAACAAACUGGACAGUAGAACGGAGACGUGUUUAACCAACUGUGUGGACAGGUUCAUAGAUGUUUCCUUACUUAUUACGAAUAGAUUUGCACAGUUGCUUCAGAAGAGUGGUGGCAUGUGAUUUAUAGAUAUUUAUUGUUAGUUUGUGGUCUUUUUAAAUAAAUCCAUGUGCAAGGGAUCAAUAAAAAUGUAAGUUGUU